UAUCAAGUGGUGGCGGUUACCCAGGUCACUCGACCCGAGGUUUUCUCAGCCCCUGUCCAUCCAUCCCUUGAUUCGCUCCAUCCAAGAGCUCACGGUCCCAUAACAACAUCCGCCGCCCAAGAACGUUCAGUCACCAUGGACCACAAGCCCCGGCCCUCGAGCCAACACCACCUCGACUCCGAAGUGCCGACGCUCGCCCCCAGCCAGACCAGCCUCUCGGACGACGGCAAGAUAUCGGCCCGGGGGGAGCAAACCGACCUCGACAUCGGCUCGACCAGCGCCGUCGACGCGCCCGCAUUCGACGAGAAGCGCAUCGAGGAGACGCACGAUGAGAGGAACAACGCGCUGGACCGCCAGGCCACAGCCGCCUCCAAGACGGGAGCCGGCCUGGAGCAGGCGCCAACGCGGGAGGACGGCACCGAGUACCCGAAGGGCGUGAAGCUCGCCAUGAUCGUGCUGGCUCUCUGUCUAAGCGUGUUUACCAUGGCGCUGGACAACUCCAUCAUCGCCACCGCCAUCCCCAAGAUCACCGACCAGUUCCACAGCCUGCCCGACGUAGGCUGGUAUGCCAGCGCGUACAUGCUCACGACGGCGGCGCUGCAACUCCUCUUCGGCCGCUUCUACACCUUCUUCUCGAUCAAAUGGGUCUUCCUGCUGGCCAUCUUCCUCUUCGAGGUCGGCUCGCUGAUCUGCGGCGUGGCGCAGAACAGCGUGACGCUCAUCGUGGGGCGGGCCGUGGCCGGCAUGGGCGCGGCCGGCAUCUUCUCGGGCGCGCUCACCAUCCUGGCCUACUCGGUCCCGCUCGCCAAGCGGCCGAUCUACACGGGCGCCAUCGGCAGCAUGUACGGCCUGGCCAGCAUCUCGGGCCCGCUCAUGGGCGGCGCCUUCACCGACCACGUCACCUGGCGCUGGUGCUUCUUCAUCAACCUGCCCGUCGGCGGCGUCACCAUGCUGGUCAUCGCCAUCUUCUUCCCGGACCCCAAGCGCGACACCACCGUCGGCGGCGGCGACACGCUGCGCCAGCGCAUCAUGCGCUUCGACCCCUUCGGCACCGUCGUCUUCAUGCCCGCCAUCAUCUCGCUGCUGCUGGCGCUGCAGUGGGGCGGCACCGAGUACGCGUGGAACAGCUGGCGCAUCAUCCUGCUCUUCUGCUUCUUCGGCGUGCUCAUCCUCGUCUUCGUCGCCAUCCAGAUCCGCCAGGGCGACCGCGCGACCGUGCCGCCGCGCAUCAUGCGCAAGCGCUCCGUCUGGUCCGCCGGCUUCUUCAUCCUGUGCCUCGCCGCCGCCUUCCUCGGCUCGGUCUACUACCUGCCCAUCUGGUUCCAGUCGGUCAAGGACGCCAGCGCGGUCGGGUCGGGCCUGAUGAACCUGCCCAUGCUGGUCGCGGUCGUGCUGGCGUCCGUGGUCGCCGGCGGCGCCGUCUCGACGUGGGGGUACUACACGCCCUUCAUGAUCGCGGGCAGCGUGGUGGCCUCGAUCGGGUUCGGGCUGAUCACCAUGUUCCGGCCGGACACGAGCGAGGGGGUGUGGAUCGGGUACCAGAUCGUGAUCGGCGUCGGCAUCGGCAUCAGCUUCCAGCAGCCGCUGAUGGCGGUGCAGACGGUGCUCGACAUCGCCGACGUCGCGACCGGCACGUCCGUCAUCGUCUUCCUGCAGACCCUCGGCGGCGCCCUCUUCGUCUCCGUCUCGCAGAACGUCUUCACCAACAAGCUGGUCCACUACGUCGCCGAGUACCUGCCGCAGAUCCCGGACCCGUCCUUCAUCCUCGGCGUCGGCGCCACCGGCGUCCGCGACGCCGUCGCCCCGGCCCUGGUCCCCGCGCUCAAGCAGGCCUACAACGACGCGCUGACGCAGACCUUCAUCGUCUUCACGGCCCUGUCGGCCGUCAGCCUCCUCGGUGCCCUCGUCGUCGAGUGGAAGAGCGUCAAGGGCAAGCCGGUCGAGAUCGGCAUGGCUUGAUUCUGACGCCGCGGGGGGGUUGUUGUCUUGGUAGCUGUUCGUGGUCUGUACGAGAUACCCAUCGUGUUUUUCUUUUGCAUCAUCAGGGUCAUGGCAUCAAGAGGCGGGCUCUUAUUAGACGGCGUUUGAGAGGGCUGAGCAUAGAAGGGGUAAACGUGGCUGGCGGGCAGCAUACAAACGUUGCUAGAAGGGGCUCUCACAUCUUUAGUGUAAUACUCGGGUGGCGGUUGGUUCCCAAUACAAUCUCAACUUCACAUUGGCAGCCAAGUGGGCAUGUGGUUCGUUGUCGAUCGCUUUUGUUGA